GCGCGCGCUCUCGAGGGAGGCAGCACGACAAGAUGGCGUCGCCGCGUCGCAGCGGCCUCGCGCCGGCGGUGCUGGCGGCCCUGCUCGCGGUUCUAGCGCGCGGCCACGGAGCGAGGAUACUCGGCGUGUUCCCCGUGACGUCGGUGAGCCACUCCAUGGUGUACAACCCGCUGAUGGCUGCGCUCGCCCGGCGAGGCCACCAGGUGGUGGUGGUCACUCCGGUCCCGCUCGCCGACCCGCCCGCCAACUACACCCAGGUCGACCUGUCCGCGUUGCCCUUCGUCCGCGACGUGUUCGACGUCGCCGCGAUGGCGGAGCGCGGGGAGACCUCGCGCUACGACCUGACGAGCGCCGUCAUGGACUACGGGGUGUCGUUCUGCGACGAGAUGCUGUCCCACGAGGGCGUCAGGAAGCUGGUGUCCCCCGACAGCGGGGAGCGCUUCGACCUGGUGCUCGUCGAGCAGUACUUCACCUUCUGCGCGUACGGCUUCGGGCACCGCUUCUCCGCGCCCAUGAUCGGGAUCCUGUCCAUGCCGCCCUACGGCGUGGGGCACGACUCGGUCGGCAACCCCACAACCGCCUCGUACAUCCCGGAGAUAUACACGCCGCACGACGACGCCAUGGGCUUCUGGAAGCGGCUGGACAACCUGGUGUACGGCCUGAGGUUCCGGCACCUCGUGCACGGUAGCACGCUCCCGCGGCAGCACGCCGUGGCGAGGAAGCACUUCGGGGCCUCGCUGCCCGGACUGUGGGAGCUGCACUACAACUGCAGCAUGCUGUUCGUCAACUACGAGCCGAGCCUGCACCCUCCCCGGCCGCUGGUGCCCGCCGUGGUGCACUUCACGGGGCUGCACCUGGCCAAACCCGAGCCGCUGCCGCAGGACAUCCAACGGUUCCUGGACUCGGCCCCGAAAGGCGCGAUAUACAUAAGCCUGGGCAGCAAUGUGCGAAGCGACAAGCUGGGCGCCAGGAGCCGGGCAGUGUUCCUGAAGGCCUUCGCCGAGCUGCGAGGUUUCCACGUGCUCUGGAAGUUCGAGUCGGACGACCUCCCAGGGCUGCCCGGCAAUGUCCUGAUUCGCAAGUGGCUGCCGCAGCAGGACAUACUGCGACAUCCGAAGGUGAAGUUAUUCAUAAUGCAAGGAGGACUGCAGAGUCUAGAAGAGGCCAUCGAUAGUGGAGUUCCUGUCAUCGGCAUACCUUUCUUCUCGGAUCAGUUUCACAACUUGAAAAGGAUAGUGAAGAAAGGGAUAGGAGUGAGACUGGACAUCCAAGAUAUCACCAAAGAAAAGUUAAUUAACGCUACGAAGCAAAUUUUGCAGGAUGACAGUUUCCGGGAAAACAUCCGUCGCCUGAAGGCCAUCAUGAACGACCAGCCGCAGACUUCCAUGGAGAAAGUGAUCUGGUGGACGGAGUACGUGAUACGUCACCGUGGCACCAAGCACUUGCGCACGGCAGCCCUCGACUUGCAGUGGUACCAACUCCUGCUGCUGGACGUGGUGGCAGCUCUGCUUCUGGCCGUCCUGUUGGCAUGCCUGGUGCUGUGGAGGGCCACCGGGUUCGUGUGGAGGAAGCUACGGGCACCUGCUGUCCGCAAGCAGAAGAACAACUGAAUGACUACAAGUUCUCCGGUGACAAAACAUUGCGGCGGUGACGACCGGCCAUCUUGAUGCAGUGAAAUGGCGGCCAUGUUGUUGUGAAAGAAAUCCGCUGACACUGCCCGUCCAGAAGCAGACGAAAAAACUAGCUGAAUGCAAUCUCUCCAGUGCUGGUACUUUCUGCAAGGCGCGGUAACGACUCCCCCCCCCCCCCCCCCCCCCCCCAUUUUUUUAUCGUUGCACUAUUGGCCAUACUUGUGCCGUGUUAGGGCCUGGUUCGUGUGGUGGAAUCUGCUGUUGCCUAAGACGCGACUGCAGACGAUGAAUUAUCCAGGACAUCUGCCCAGGCAGAAGAUUUUGCUCUUCGGACGUUUUAAAACAUUAUUUCUAGUGUUCACGUUCAAUUCAGUUCCUCAGUUAGAGUUCCACCUUGGGGUGGGUUCUUUUACGAUAAGAUUGUUUCCAAGCCAACUUCCUACUUUGCCUCAUGGAAUAACGUGGGUAUGUGAAAAAUCUCUUAAAUAAAAUAAAUAUUUUUUAAUAUUA